CCUGAAGCUCCCAGCCAGCGGCUGCUGCUUAUUAGCAGGUAACCGUGACCUAACCUGACCAAACCUGAUGAUUAUCCCACUUUGAGACAUCCCCGACUUCACCAACACCCCCACCCCCCACCCGGGCUGAGCUUGUCCCCUUCACCAAGUUCGCACACAGGCCCGGGGCCAGGAGCUGUACGAGAUUUGUCUCCUUUUUUAAAAAAAUUAUUUUAUUUUCCAAGGCAGCCAAGUCCGAGCAGUUCAGUGCGUCAUGGGCUCCUUCGACAAUAUAAUGCUCGGCCUCGACGAGGCCAUCACGGGCCUCUUCGGGCAGUGGAAUCUCUACACGAGCGUCAUCUUUACCAUCUUCGCUGGCUUCCUAGCCUACCAGAUCGCCGCGCGGCAAGACCCAGACACGCAUCCGCUUCUGCUCGCUCGCCAGGCCCAGGCGUCGCCCGUGCGCCACGAAGGCGAGUCGCCCGUCUACCGCUCCCAGGCCGCCCCCCAUGGCAUGCCCCUCAACACGGGCUUGAGCGUUAAGGAUCCCGGAGCCUCCAAGUGGGCAAGGGGUCGCGAUGGCGACCUGCGAGAUGUCUGGCGCCAGGCCGUCGCCGGCGUGCAGGAAGACGGCCCGUCCAAGGGCGCAACCGGCCGCAUUCUCACCGUCUUGGGCACCGAGAACGUAACCGAGUAUCCCCUCGACGACAUUACCCGCCAGAUCAACCUUAUCGGCCAGCACAUCCUUGAUCAGGGCGGCAACCGCGUCGCCAUCUACCUGCCCAACUCGGUCGAGCUCAUCGUGACCCUUUUUGCCUGCGCCUUCUACAACAUGACGGCCGUCAUCCUGCCCUUCGACCAACCCGACGAUGCCGUCAUCUCCAUGCUGCGCCGGUCUGCCGCUGACACGGUCGUGACCGCCCCCGGCUCCUUCCCCUUUGAUAUUGUCGUCAAGAACUAUCCCUCUUUGCGCCAGUUGAUUUGGGUCGUCGACGAGGGAAGCAAGCACAUGGACUGGAACGAGGUGCCCCAGGGUACAGGCGGCAGCGUCAACGUAUCUACCUGGCAGGAUAUUGUCAACGACUCCCCCGUCGACGCCGGCAAGGAGCUGCCUCCUAUCGAGGGCCAGAAAGAGCCGCGCGACGUCACCAUCUUCUGGCAGCCCAAGCCCGGCAUCGCCGAAGAGAUGGUGCGCUUCACCUCGGCCAACAUCAUGUCUGCCAUUGCCGCGCUGCUAUUCUCGGUCCCCACCUCGCAGCGCAUGGGACCCUCGGACUUGUUCCUUCCCGCUGACUCACUAGCCAACACCCACACGCUUGUUCUGACCCUCGGCGCCCUCUACUCCAACGCCUCAGUCGCCUUCAACUCGGUCGCCGUCCAGGCCAACGACCUCGCCAUCGCGACGCGCGGCAUCGCGCCCACCAUCAUCGUCGCCACCCCGGCGGCCCUGCUCAAGACGCACCAAGAGUCGGGCGACUCGCUGACUUCCCUCGUGGCUCGCAACCUGCACUGGCUGCAGACUCGCAGCCUGACGCAGAACGGCGUCAUGCCCGUGGCCGGCCUCCUCUCGAGCUACUACGACCGGUUCCGCCCGGCUCUGGGCUCCAAGCCCGGUAAGCUGCGCCUCAUCUUCACCGCCGAGCGCAUAGGCGCCGAAACCCCGCGCCUUUCGUCGACGGUGCUCUCGGACCUGCGCGCCCUCGCCGGCGCCCGCAUCAUGUACGCCCUGACGGCGCCCAAGGUGGCCGGCGCCGUCACCCAGACAAACUUUUACGACUAUCGUGCUUUUGACGACGAGUGCUCACAUUUUGGCCCGCCGUUAACGAGCACCGAGAUCAUGCUCAAGGAUACCGACGAACACAAGAAUACCGACGCCUUGAGCAAGGGCGAGAUAUUCGUCCGAGGUCCCUGUGUCGCAGGGUCCGAGGCCGCUCUAGGCGUGGCCGGUGUGAUACGCGACGACAACACGCUGGCGUAUGUAUGAGGGAAGGACUUUUAUUUUUUCAUUUCAUUAAACCCGAUCCUAAAGAUAUAAAUACAGCCUGGAGGCACGUUUACACUUUACGUACUACCCUUCAAAGAAAGAAAGAGUGCGAUGAGAACCUCAAUAAAUUAUCACCCCUAUGCUAUCUGUAAUUAUUAAUUCUAUUGGUAAGACUGUUGUUACUGCUGCUGCUCGUUCGAAAUGUGUAUCCGUGAUGAUCGGGGAAAGAUGGAUCUCUUGAAGUGCGCCUUGGUCGAGUCAGUUGCAAGGAGCCUACGACUUGGGUCAUGCUGUCCAGCUCCCAGGUCAUGGUGUUUUAGUAACCCUGAC